AUGUCUCUCAAGCCCAUCACUCUCUACGGCCACGGCCCUGGUCCCAACCCUUGGAAGGUUGUCAUUGUCCUCGAGCAGCUCGGCCUCCCCUAUGAGAACAAGCCCGUCGCCUUCCCCGACAUGAAGAAGGAACCCUACGAGUCCAUCAACCCUAAUGGCCGUGUCCCCGCUAUUGAAGAUCCCAACACUGGCAUCACAAUUUGGGAAUCUGGCGCGAUCCUCGAAUACCUCGUCGAGACCUACGACAAGCAGAACACCAUUAGCUUCGCCCCCGGCUCGCAGGACUACUUCCUUGCCAAGCAGUGGCUGCACUUCCAGGUCAGCGGCCAGGGCCCUUACUUCGGCCAGGCCGUCUGGUUCACCCGCUACCACCCAGAGCAGAUCGAGAGUGCCAAGGAGCGCUACUAUAAUGAGAUUCGCCGUGUCUCAGGUGUGCUGGAUCGCGUCUUGAAAGAUAAGGAAUAUCUUGUCGGUAACAAGUGGAGUUACGCGGACCUGGCGUUCAUUCCCUGGUUCCUGGUCCUUGAUUUCCUCGGCAUUAGUGUGUCUGAUUAUCCUAAUUUGGAGGCUUGGUUGAGCCGCCAGAAGGCGAAGCCCGCUGUUGCGAAGACCGUGGAGCUUCGUGCUGCUGCCCUCGCGCAGCACUAA